CUCCUCUUCCUCAGCAUGUCGGUUCUUCCUCUGCGUGUGAGAAUGCUGCGGCAGGUGUGGAGGUGGAGGGGGGUCCUGGUCCUCGUGUGCAGCCCCUUCCUGCUGCUGCCGCUGGCCCUCAGCACCACGGAGGCAGCCUGUGCCUAUGUGAUCCUCCUCAUGGCGGUGUUCUGGUGUACGGAGGUUUUGCCACUGGCGGUGACGGCGCUGCUGCCGACCAUCCUGUUCCCAGUGCUGGGCAUCAUGGAGUCCAAAGACGUGUGCAUGCAGUACCUGAAGGACACCAACAUGCUGUUUGUGGGGGGACUGAUGGUGGCCGUGGCCGUGGAGCACUGGAACCUCCACAAGCGCAUCGCUCUGAGGGUCCUGCUGCUGGUGGGGGUCCGGCCCGCUCUGUUGAUGCUGGGCUUCAUGGGAGUGACCGCCUUCCUCUCCAUGUGGAUCAGCAACACGGCCACCACCGCCAUGAUGGUGCCCAUCGUGCAGGCCGUCCUGCAGCAGCUGCACGGGAACCUGGAGCCUGAGCCGUCCAGCGAGGCCCGGAGGAAGAGGAGCGUCGACCAGAACCAGGACCACCAGGAGAAACCCAGCCACACCCCGCAAACUGCUGCCAACAACAGCCUGGAGAACGGUCAGAAUGGAGCGACUUUAACACAAAGCAACGCAGAGACAACCAGCGACGUACAAGACAACCGGUCCUCUGAGGAGAAGGCUUCAUCGGCGGUGGAGACGGACAAACCUCCGUCAGAGGGCGCCAACACCGGGCCUGUGCUGCUGGAGAGCGUCUGCUGUCAGAUGGAGCUGGAGGAGCUGAGCGAUGAAGACGAGGAGAAGAGGAGGAUGAGUAAAGGACUCCUGCUGAGUGUUUGCUACGCUGCGAGCAUCGGAGGCAUCGCCACGCUGACCGGCACCGGACCCAACCUGGUGCUGAUGGGCCAGAUGAGCCAACUCUUCCCUCAGAACGGAGACGUGAUCAACUUUGCGUCCUGGUUCUUGUUCGCGUUCCCCACGAUGCUGCUGACGCUGACGCUCGCCUGGUUCUGGCUGCAGUUCCUCUUCAUCGGCUGCAACCUGAGGAAGACGUGGGGUUGCGGGACGGUGCACACGGAGAAGGAGCGAGCGGCGUACGAAGUGAUGCGGGAGGAGCACCGGCGCCUGGGCCCGGUGAGUUACGGAGAGCUCAACGUUCUGGGGCUGCUCAUCCUCAUGGUGGCGCUGUGGUUCACACGAGACCCGCGCUUCAUGGACGGCUGGGCGACGCACGUCUUCAACGCCAAGGCCGAGUUUGUGACGGAUGCGACGGUCGCUCUGUUUGUCGCUGUUUUGUUGUUCGUUCUUCCCUCCCAGCCGCCUCGAUUCCUCUGCUUCAGGAGGAGCUCCGACACAGAGUCUGCGGUGCCCCAAGGCCCCGCCCCCGCGCUGCUCACCUGGCAGGUGACUCAGAAGAAGAUGCCGUGGAACAUCGUGCUGCUGCUGGGAGGCGGCUUCGCUCUCGCCAAAGGCAGCGAGGAGUCAGGUCUCUCCCUGUGGCUCGGGGAUCAGAUGACCCCCCUGCAGUCGAUCCCGCCGGCAGCCAUUUCUGUAAUCCUCUGCCUCCUCGUGGCCACCUUCACCGAGUGCACCAGCAACGUCGCCACGGCAACGCUCUUCCUACCCAUCCUCGCCUCCAUGUGCCAGUCCAUCAGUCUGAACCCUCUCUACGUGAUGAUUCCCUGCACGCUGAGCGCCUCCUUCGCCUUCAUGCUGCCAGUCGCCACGCCGCCCAACGCCAUCGUAUUCUCCUCCGGGUUACUCAAAGUGUCCGACAUGGCCAAAGCGGGCAUUGUGAUGAACGUCAUCGGGAUCGGCUGCAUCAGUCUGGCCAUCAACACCUGGGGUCACGUGAUCUUUGGACUGGACACCUUCCCCUCGUGGGCAAACGCCACGGCGCCGGUGUAGAACCAACAACCCUCUGUUUCCACCUGUCCACACUGCGGCUUCUGAGCCAAUAGGAACGCUGUCGUCAUGUUCUGAGUUUCUACCUUAUAACGUUUGAAAACUGUUGACAAAAUCGUACGACAAUCGGGACCCAAACUCAGAUAACAAUGGGUCUAAACAAAGCAUUGGAUUAUUAUCCGAUAGGGUCAUAACUUCAUAAUUAAGUACGUCUGAAAGCAGAAGUCUACGGUGAAUAAUUGCAAGUCUCUUCAGUGCGCAUGUCACAAAAUGAGAUGCAUUGUGGGACAUGUAGUUUAUGGGCAACGUGCUUCUGUAAAGUGGCAUGUAACCGUAUUAUAAACGUAUUUUAUUCUUUCAGAGCUUUUGCGGGCCACGUAAAGGAGUAAACAGAAAGGUG